AUGUUCUUGGAGUCCCCGGUGGGCGUCGGUUUCUCCUACACCAACACAAGCUCCGACCUGGGCAAGCUUGGUGACAAGAUCACCGCCGCCGACGCGUACGUCUUCCUGCUCAACUGGUUCAAGCGGUUCCCGCAGUACAAGCACCACGAGUUCUACAUCGCCGGGGAGAGUUACGCUGGGCAUUACGUUCCGCAGCUGUCGGAGAAGAUCUUCGACGGCAACAAGCACGGGCCCAAGGAGAACCGCAUCAACUUCAAGGGCCUCAUGAUAGGGAAUGCACUGAUGGACGACGAGACGGACCAGGCGGGCAUGGUCCAGUACGCGUGGGACCACGCCGUGAUCUCCGACCGGGUGUACGCCGACGUCAAGGCCCACUGCGACUUCGCCAUGGCCAACACCACCGCCGAGUGCGACCAGGCGCUGGAAGAGUACUUCGCCGUCUACCGCCUCAUCGACAUGUACAGCCUCUACACGCCCGUCUGCACCGACGGCUCCUCCUCCUCGCCGCUCGCCAAGAGGGUCGGCGUCCACGGCGCCGCCCCCAAGAUCUUCUCCAAAUAUGUACUCUUCGAUCAUCACCGUCUCCACCCCUCAAGUCAAAACACAUCGCAUGGGUGGUACAUGAGACCUGCAGGCUACGAUCCCUGCACGACCCAAUACUCCGAGGUCUACUUCAACCGGCCGGAUGUCCAGGCGGCGCUGCACGCGAACGUGACCAAGAUCGGCUACAAUUGGACGCAUUGCAGCGACGUGAUCGGCAAGUGGAACGACGCCGUCCCCUCCACCCUCCCCAUCAUCCGCAAGCUCGUCGCCGGCGGAAUCAGGGUCUGGGUUUUCAGCGGUGACACCGAUGGGAGGAUCCCCGUGACGGCGACGAGGCUGACCCUGAACAAGCUCGGGCUCAAGACUGUCCAGGAGUGGACGCCGUGGUACGACCGGCUGCAGGUGGGUGGGUGGACGAUCACCUACGAGGGCCUCACGUUCGUGACGAUCCGCGGGGCCGGGCACGAGGUCCCUAUGCACACGCCGAGGCAGGCGCUCAGUCUCUUCAGCCACUUUUUGGGUGAUAAGAAGAUGCCGACGACGGCCUUCUCCUAG